AUGGCGACGAUUGAAGAAGUCCCAUCCUCCCCGUCGUCGACGCACUCGCAUGAGCACGAUCAUGAUCAUGACCAUGACCACGACCACGACCAUGACCACGCGCACGGUCAUUCCCAUGGUGAAGACGAGGAUCCAACGUCGGCAGCAGCACUCGAAAAGAUUCAAUCGCGUGCUGAACGCAAAGCCCGCAAGGCGCUCCUCACCCUCGGCCUCAAGCGUGUCCCAGAAAUCACGCGUGUUACCCUCCGACGCCCGAAAAACAUUCUAUUCGUCAUUGCAAAGCCAGACGUUUACAAGAGUCCAAACUCGGACACGUACAUUGUCUUUGGAGAGGCAAAGAUUGAGGAUAUGUCGAGUCAGGGCGCAUUUGGUCAACACCUCUCAAACGCUGCCGCCCAACAGUCUGCGGCUAGUAGCUCCAUGGUCGCUGGCAAGUCGGGAGAUGACGACGACGAGCCUCCAGAGCUCGAACCAGUAGAAGGCGCGGGUAAAAAGGCAGAAGAGGAAGACGACGAUGGAGAAGUGAGCGAGACGGGGGUCGACGACAAAGAGGUCGAAUUGGUCAUGAACCAGACGAGCUGUUCGCGGAAAAAGGCUGUCAAGGCCCUCAAAGCGAGUGGUGGCGAUCUCAUCAAUGCCAUCAUGGCAGCUUCAGAAUGA